UGAAAGGUAGGUCCCGUCUCUUAAAGAUUUUAUGUUUCAUAUCCCUCUAGCCAGACGAAACCUACAAACCGAGACAGAGAAAGACAAGAAAUGAAAUACGGUUUUAAUAUAAGUAAAAAGGGCGCUGAUUAUAACCACCUCCUGCCUUUUGGAAGUGAAAGCGAGGACGAUGAUUUCGACGAGAAAGAGAACCUUGUAAUUAAUCAAACAUCUGUCCCGGAAGUAAGUAUCCAUGACACCAAGCAGUCAUCCCCAACACUGAGGAACGGAAACGGCUACACUUUCAGUACCUCGCGCAAGAGUUCCUCUCGGGAGAGCUGCUGUUCCCCGACGACCGUCGCUACCGUGUUCGCCCUCAUGUUGCUUUCCGUUGGAGUUGGAUACAUAGCUGGGUUCUUCACGCCUCUUUCGUCAUCACCAUGGCAACAUCAUCAUGGACAAUCGCCCGAGUCAGAACACAUCGUACACAAACGAACAGCGGACUGGAGAACAAAACUGUCCGACUAUGGUACCGAGUCUUGUAUUCGACUGAUGGACGCGGACGGGGACGGCAUACUGGACGUCAUAGUAGGUAUAGCCGUCGGUAAGGACGUCAGUAUGAUGAUAGUCGAGUCCAGCAUGGCAACGUUCUGUCAAAAUAUAGGUAUGAAGGAGCCGUGUGCAGGGGGCGUGGUCGCCUUCAGAGGGUACGACGGUAAGUUAUUGUGGAAAGUAGACGCUUACUCCGAGGUGUUCGGUCUGAACUGUCAUUCCGUGGAUGCCAACCAAGACGGAAAUCCGGACUGCAUAGCGACGGGGAGACUCGGAACCAUGAUGGCUAUCGACGUAACCAAGGGUGCCGUGAUAUGGAGGGAGAGCUCUACUUAUAUUAAACGUGAAUGGAACAUAUACAGCAUCGCCGUUAUACCCGACAUGGACGACGACAAAGUCAACGAUAUCGUCAUCGCUCAUGGCGGCGACCCGACUGUUGCCGCCGAGAUUCACGUAAGAAAGGCGGGCUGGUUGAUGAUGAUCUCGGGACGGACUGGUAUGCCAAUAGGAACCCACCUGGAAAUACCGGAACAGAAAGAGGUCUAUAUAUCUCCCGUCCUUCACGAGCGACGAGACGGUUCCCAGUACAUCCUGUACGGCAGUGGCGGCGAGACGGUCGGCGGGCUGUUCUUGGCGAUAUCCCUUCCCGACAUGUAUCGUCACGUGAUGGGGCUCCCGAAAGGCACUCUAGUCCGGAACACACGUGGAGCAUACGACCAGUGGGGCUUCAGAACGCCCAGUGACAUCGGAGAGAUCGAGUUGUUCAGGAGUGACGAGAAAGGAGUCAUGGUCCCUCCCGUACUGGUGGACGUCAACAAAGAUGGUGUCAACGACAUCCUGAUGACAGGAUUUGACGGUACCAUGGCACUGUAUAACGGAGAAGAUUUACAAGUCAUGUGGAAGAUAAAAUUCGAGGAGCGAGAAUCGUACAGUUCUCCUGCUCCUGGCUACUUUAAUGACGAUGACGUCAUUGACUUCAUGGUACAUUGGAGUAAGGGAGCAUGGCCAUUUUACAAUACUACAGAUGACGUUAUUAUUGACGGCAAAGACGGGACAGUUCUGUGGAACAUGACCUCUGGUAGAUAUGACGUAUCAUCCGACAUUACAGUACGAACCACUUCACGUAACAGGGAUGUGUUUUUGUACAAGGUGCAAGGUCGGAAUGGUGUGGACCCCCAACAUACGGGCGCUGUCCACGGGGCAACUGGUGUGCAGAGAGUGAUCAACAGGCGGUCUUUAAGCGAUGGAAGUUCUGUUUUCGAAGAAACCGUCGUAGAUGAGUCAAACGCCGACUUAGAAGGCGUUCUUCUCGACAGCAGUCACUUCCGGUCAAAGAGGCGCGUGAUUGAUAAAGAUUAUGUAGAAUGCGAAUCGGACCAGACGGUUUUCCUGGCUGAAUUGUUCGCUCUGGACAGAACAACAAUGAAGGCUCCGAUCAAACUCUGGGAACGAGGAUCUGAGAAAUUCUUUUACAAAAUGUCAGGGAGUGACCAGGAGUUGGUCCAGAAAGUAAAGAAAAUAUAUGGUAAGAAUCACACAAUGACUGAAAACGAGGUUCCAUGGUCUCGAGGCAAGAGGGAAGCUGACAAACCUUUCUGUAUUCUCAAACAACCGGACGAACGAACAACGGGCGCAAUAGGUGACGUAGAUGGAGACGGAAAACUGGACCUGAUUGUGAAUGUGGUAAGUGUGGGUAUACUCCGAGACCAGUACGCACAUUUCAUCAAAAUGAAGUUCGACACUGACAUCUACAAAGUCAAUCUAGAGGAGGCGCUAGGACGCGAACUUUACACGCCUAUCAACGCCACAAUCCACCAGCGCAUGCGCAAUGUCCUGAACGAAAACAAGAUUACCUCAUUAAAGUUCCUUCCCGCGGACAAACAAACUUGGGCAGGCUACAUGGGAUCGACCGGAGAUAGUGCCUUUCACGAGCUGUGAUGUCGUAAUUCACUGACCUUGACCUUCAACAAAACAAUUACAAGCUCGUGUGUUUUUCCCAAUAAAAGUCUCAGUUAUACGUAUAUUGUAAGAGAAGUCGCCAUGACACACGUGUGAUUGACGAUACAGUGUUUUUGAAUUUCUGUGUCUAGAACUAAUGUGACAAACGAUUUGUUUAUCAUCUGAUUGCUGGUAUACAUAUGGAGCAUAGUAUAUCAUUAUAUUGUAAUGUGCCCAAAAUAAGAUGUUUAUAAAAUAAAGACGAAUUAUUCGGUUUUUGUUUUU